UACACCGGGAAGCCGGAUCGCGUAACGCUUGGAGCCAGUGUGUAGAGUCGCUAUCAUUAAAAUGAAAGGAAAAAAAACCUUCUUCCUGUGCUCGCCGGCUUUUCUGCGUGUAAAUGGGGUCGACGUCGCUUAAACGCGCUGACACUCGGACGUGUGCAUCACAGUAACGCUUUUGUGUCUAUUGAGGAAAUGUGGCAGAAUGUAUAUGUGGAGCUUGGCAAUGUCAGUCCGAUGUGCUGUAUUGUAGCUAGACACGUAGCGGUGACUCGUCGACCGAAUGCAAGCUGAAAUCCCGAAAAACGGGCAUUCAGCACAUAUCAAAGUCAAAAUUUGUACAUAUAUACAAAGCAAAUCGCCAUGAAAAAGAUGUUGACAUUUCCAGAAGUCGAGCGUUUAAUCAAGGGACGUGGAGAAUGAGAAGUUCGCUGUGACAGUUACGUAAAAAACACCUUUAGGGAAUAGUGGGUAGUUCAACAUUUAAAAUACUAUAAUUAAGUCAUAAGGUUGACUGGGAAGAUGAUGUAUUCUUCACGAAGAAAACCGGUUUUGUAUUUCAAGGAAGACAGAAGGUCCGACAUGCAAAAAUGCCCCUCUCCUCCCAGAAAUAGUCUGUUCCUGUCCCAGAAAUGCACCGUGUUCAAGCUCUUUUGUCUGUGCAUGGUGCUGGUGUUGGGCUCUCUCUUUUGGCUCCAGCUCAGCUGCUCUGGUGACAUGAGUCAGAUCUCUGUGGAGGAUGGCCACCUGCCCCAGAAGCCCUGUCCGCUAGGGAAACAGGCACUUACAGUGGAUGACCCAUCAUGGGGUCCUCACAAGAUGGCGCUGCUCAUCCCUUUCCGUGAGCGCUUUGAGGAGCUGCUUGUCUUCGUCCCAUAUAUGCACUCAUACCUGAACAAGAAGAAGAUACGGCACAAGAUUUUUGUGAUCAACCAGGUGGACCACUAUCGGUUUAACAGGGCCUCCCUGAUCAACGUUGGCUUCCUGGAGAGUGGCAAUGACACCGACUACGUUGCCAUGCACGAUGUGGACCUGCUGCCUCAGAACGAGGCUCUGGACUACGGCUUCCCGGAGGAGGGGCCCUUCCACAUUGCCUCACCCGAGCUGCACCCCCUGUACCAUUACAAGACCUACGUGGGUGGAAUACUGCUGCUGACCAAACAGCAUUAUCAGAAGUGCAAUGGGAUGUCCAAUCGGUUUUGGGGAUGGGGUCGGGAAGAUGACGAGUUCUACAGGAGGCUGAAAACAGCUGGAUUAGAGCUUUUCCGGCCCACUGGCAUAAAUACUGGCUACAAAACCUUUCGACACAUCCAUGACCCAGCUUGGAGAAAGAGGGACCAGAAGAGGAUCGCAGCACAGAAGCAGGAGCAGUUCAAAGUGGACCCAGAGGGCGGGCUCACCAACCUGCAGUACAAGGUGGAGUCCAAGCAGGAACUGGCCAUCAGCGGCGCCCCCUGCACAGUAGUUAAUGUUGAGCUGGAGUGUGACCAGAACCAUACCCCCUGGUGUCUGCUCAACUAAUUCCACUCCCCCCCCACCUGACUGUUGUGAUUCCAUGUGCUGGUCACCCAUUGGGGUGGGUGAGGAUGACUGUAUCAUCUGACCUGGGGUCGUGGGCAAGUGGCAUCAGGAAGGCAUUGUGCCACAGAGACUGGGGUAUUCCCAGUGUGAAUUACAACCCUUUACUGUGGACAAGCUGCAAUACAAGUUACAGACUGAUUUGCAGGGAGUGGACUUGACGGCUGAAAUCGGUGGAUUUCUUGAGCUGACAUGGGCAGAGAUGAUGGCCUAGUAGCCAUACAGUAUUGUUUUUUUUUGUUUGACUUUAAUUUUAUUUAGUAGCCUUAGAUAGUGAAACUGCAGAUACUUGGUGAGUGCGGCACAGGUACGUCACUGUUUCAGCCCGGUACGCCAGUGCACCAUCAAAUCAUCGUCUCCUUUCUGAAAGACGGCAGCUGAGAGGUGCAACAAAGUUGCAGAACUGAUGCGAACUGUAGGGGGCGCCGCAGAGCUCGAGGGCCUCAGAACACCAUGUGCUCCGCCCUGCCUCUCAGGUUCACAUGAGUUCAUUUACUGGCUGUUAUAGUAUAUAUUUUUUUCUGGUACCCCCAUAGACAUCAGGUGGCAUCAAUACGUUUAAGACAGUUCAGUGUUUCCACUGCUCUAUUUGCACACUAUUUAUACAAAGCUAAAGGUCUGGAAACUUAUUCUGUGCACGGUCUGCCGUCUUCCUCUCAGUGUUGUAUUAAACAUUUUUUAACAAAAAUAUCUGUGUCUU